AUGGACCUAAAGUUAACCCAUCAUGAUGUGAAUUGGGUGUACAACCUCCAUCACUUAACCGGUCAGGGGUAUUAUCUCAAGUCGAGAUAUCCUGAGGUAAGACUGAUUCAGUGCCUUCCCACUUCAAACAAGAACCUAAAGGAGGAUUUCCUUAUUCUCUCUAGGGAAUGGCACGAUGGUAUGCCUUGCCCGACAGUAGAGGGAACACCAGGUGGGCGCGUAGUCAUAGAUCUAUAAUAUUUAGUUCGCGAGCACAUUUCGUUUACUUUUUUCUUUUUAAUUAUUUUUUUCUCCAACAAUUUUCACUCUCGACUUAAUGGUUUUGUAGAUAGACACUACACAAAGCCCAAUCUUAAGUUGGUCAAUAAGGCGAACUUGGAUAAGUUACUGAAAGCCGAAAUAUACGUGAACGAGGCUGACGGUCAGCUCCGGGCAGCACACUUAAUUCUCGGCUAUACCUCCCUUUCUUUUGCUUUUCAGGCGCCGAAGUGCGUGAUUAGAGCCCGCGAUCCUCGGCUUCACCGUAUCAGUGUUGCCUACGAAGGGUUCAUUGUUCCAGAGGGUAUUCCGCUUCCCCAGUACACAUCUCACACAGAGCCUCUUUUCGUAGCCAGCAUCUCGGCAGGAAUUCCUUCAUCCCUAUCUACCCUCAGGGAAAAGGAAAUAAAAGGGAGAAAGGAAAAGGAGAAAGGCGAGGAAGAGGUUGUAGCAGUUUCUGAGUCCUCUGACGAUUUUGGGAUUUUUGAUCAACCCAUAAGCCCCGAGGAAGAUCCUGACGAGAUGGGGAUACAAAGAAAACCCCAGAAAAGCUUGCUGGAGCUGAUGGAAGGUCAGCUGGGAAAGAGUGCGCCUGCAAAAUCAAUACCAUCCCAAGCUUCAGCCUUUCCCGCUAGGUCUCAUCCUCCUGCUUCUCGUCAACCUUCUCAGCCAUCACCACAGCCAGCGCUUCCUAACGCUGCCGAGCAGAAAAGGCGCAGGGAACAGAAGGGCAAGGAGGUGGUAGAUGCCAACAAGUCUCGACCAACUCGCGAGGAGGAUGCCCAACGAGCUGCAAAGCAGCAGAAAACCAAGCACCAAGCCGCGCGGGGCCAAGAGAAAUCUGAUUCCCAACAUCCUGAACCACAAGCAUGGUUGCCAGCACCUAUACACGGUGGGGAGCCCCUGCGAGAUGAUGCAUCUAUAAGGGACUUUAACGGCGGCAUAGGGUGUCACGUAGUCUCGGCCAUAGAGGAAGCCUUAUUGCUUCUAAAAGAUAUGGCCGAAAUAAAGAAUAUGAGGAAGAAUGAGCUCGUCCUUGACAACAAACGAUAUUUGGGCAUGAUCAUCCAAAAUACUUUCAAGCUAGAUGAGAUGCUUAACGCCUGUUCUGAUCAGUUAGAUGAUGAAAGAAAAAGACGGACAACAGCUGUACAGACCUUGUCCAAAUUUGAACAGGGCUUGGCCAAUGCAAGGAAAAAGUUACAGGUUGAAGAGCAAGCUUGCAAGAGCGCCGAGUUGGCAUUAGAAGGCUACCAAAAGCAGGCCGAGGACCAAGGGAAACUUCUGCGUGAGGCGAAUGCCGAGCUAAAGAAGACUCAGGAGCAAGUCCUAGUUCUAAGGAAGCACCUGGAGGAAACCCAAAAGCUAAGGGAGCGAGCUGAAAAGUCCAAGGAGCAAGCCGAGAAAGCAAAAAUCGAUACCGAAUAGGCAAUGAACGAAGCUGAGCAGAGAGGCUAUGAGGUUGGUAUAGCUGAAACUGAGAAGGCUUUGAGAGACGAGAUUCCGGAGGUAUGCCAUAUCUACUGCGCGAGAACUUGGAGUGAGGCUCUUAACCGUGUUGGGGUUGAAGCCUCAUCUGAGUUACAUAAGCCAGAGAACGUAUUCUAUCCCGAGGCGAUCCGCCCCUCAGUUCUUCUACCCCAUCAGGCUGAUGCUCCUUCUUCAGUUAGUAACCUCAACGAGGAGGUUUCGCCUCACAGUUUUCCUUCCCUUGACCAGCCGGAACUAGCUAAAGGGGGACUUGCCCCUCCAAGAGCUUCCCCAGACAAGACCACCACCGCUUCGGAGGCAGAGACGGCCUCCCAAGGUUUCCAACAGGAUUUGGACUCCACAGUUUUACCAACUGGGGGCGUUACCAAAGCCAAAGAGGGAAUCACCACUUUGGAGGCUGACAUAUCCGCCAGUCAGAACCCAAAGAUCCAAUUGAAAUUGAAAAAGUAGAACUUGUUUUGUAGUUUAACUAGACAUUUAGUAGGGGACUUCCUUGCUCAUUUUCUUACCGCUCUUACUGCUUUAUGCUAUUUUUGUACUCGUUCACUGUGUUAUUGUAAUUUGGAUAGGUUCAUUUCUACUACCCUUUGCUUGUAUGGGGCAAUUUUACU